AUGUGCGGAAUUUCAGUGAUUGUUGCUCUGAAGCAGCAUGACGACCUCAAUGUAGCUAGAUGGCCCCGUAAAGCCACCGGUCCAUUGGCAAAAUUGCGGAGCGCAAUAUACCAUCAGGAGGAAGAUCAUCUAUCGGACAGACUUGAACAAAGCCUCGCUCAGUUGUCUCACCGGGGCCCUGAUAGUCGUGCACACUGGAUUAGUGAAGACGGUAGAGUUGGAUUCGGCCAUGUACGAUUAUCCAUCAACGACCUUAGCCCAAAUGGUUCGCAGCCAUUUCACGAUACAGCAGGGUCGGUACAUGUUGUUGUCAACGGAGAGUUGUACAAUGUGAACUCUAUUCGGGAAGAAAUGACCAAAAAGACUGGUUAUGUGUUUCAAGGCCGCAGCGACUGUGAAAUAGUGCUGCCAUUGUAUAAAUAUUAUGGCCCUUCAUUUCUGCAGUAUCUUCGUGGGGAGUUCUCUCUAUGUCUUUAUGAUUCCGAGACGAAAUUCUUCAUGGCUGCGAGAGACCGUUACGGUAUCAAACCUCUCUUCUGGACCAUGCUUGACGGGCGAUUGGUCUUGGCAUCAGAAGCUAAGGCUUUCAUACCCUUUGACUGGCAGCCCGAGUGGGAUGUCAAGUGCCUCAUGGAUGAUGGCUGGAGGCAUGAUCAGAGAACACCAUUCAGGGGUGUGAAUAAGAUCCGGCCAGGAUAUUAUCUCACCUGCAACUCCUCUGGGUCUGUGGAUAUACAACAAUAUUGGGACCUUGACUUUCCAGACAAGACCUAUGUAGACCAUCGCACAGAGCAGGAGGUCAUUGAUGGAGUGCGUUCCCGCCUGGUAGAGUCUGUACGCGAACGACUUCAAGCCGAUGUACCCAUUGGCAUCUACCUCAGCGGUGGUUUGGACUCCUCUGCCGUGGCUGGGAUAGCGUGCCAUCUCAUAAGAAAAAAUGGAGCAUUGAACGGUCAUAGCACCAAACAGGAUGGUCUGACUUGUUUCAGCAUUGAAUUUGACGAGUCCAGUGGCAUGGAUGAAUCCGGUAAGCCUAUGCAUCAACUUCUCAUCGAGGACCGCUCCACUCUUUUGCUGAUAUUCACUGGAGGCAUUGCUGAGAGGACGGCACAUCAUCUCGGUGUUCCAUUAAUCCGAAAGAAAAUGAACGAGGAGGAGAUUGCGAAGCGCUUCGAAGAUGCCGUUUGGCACUGUGAACACCAAAACUAUGAUCUUAACUUUGUUGGCAAGUUUGUAUUAUCCGAAGCACCACAGGAGCUGGGUGUCAAGGUUGUCUUGACGGGGGAAGGUGCAGAUGAAGUGUUUGGUGGUUACCCGGCGUUUCUGCCUGACUUAUUACGGGAGACUGACCAUUCCCGCACACCACUUGCACUAUCAGAGAAGGAAAGGGUAGGUGCCUUGGUUACUACUGAAGCUCAGGCCGCUCAAUACUACGCGCGAAGGGCUUUAUCAACGAUCCAUCUUGAAGAUUCAUUGGCGCGCCGUCAACUCAAUAACAUCAGUAGUAUGGUUUGGUUAGCCGGCUACGUUUUCCCCAUGUUCUCACGCUGGACUGAAUGUUAUGGAAAGUCCGAUGCGUGUCUCACGAUCGCAUCUAAUAUCAACAAUCGUGUCAAGAACUUGAUGCUCAAUAAGUGGCACCCCCUGAACUCGGCUUUAUAUAUGUGGGCGAAAGGAAACUUAGCAAACGUCUUGCUGUCAUGCCUUGGUGACCGUUCGGAAAUGGCGCACGGCAUUCAGGGGCGACUUCCUUUUUUGGACCAUAAAUUGACUGAAUACGUGAAUCAGAUUCCUCCUAGUCUCAAAAUCAAGGCCAAAAAAGGUGGGGGUUUCAUUGAAAAAUGGGUUCUAAGAGAAGCCGUCAAACCCUUCAUCACAGAUGAAAUCUACGGCCGCAAAAAGCAUGGCUAUGCGGCACCUACACGCUGGAAAACCAAUGGACCGUUGCAUAGAUUGUUCCAGCGGCUAAUCACUCAGCAAAACGUUGAAAGGCUCGGCUUUCUUGAAUGGUCGAUGGUCGAGAAUAUUGUUCACUGCGCAUUUGUGAAACAUGAAAUUACUGCAUUACGACAAGCGAAUGUAGUUGCGCAGUGGGUCGUCCUGGCCCAACGAUUUGGCAUAAAAACUGCUACUCCUUAA